CUGACGCUUACUCCGAUAUCGAAAGUGAAAGGUUUUAAAGUUGUGCUAUCGUCAAGACGGAUGUAGAUAGGCUUUGUUAAAGUCUUGGAAAUUUUAUAUUUUAGAAGGACCUAUUUCGUGUCCUUGGGAGACUCUCCCACUGCUGCUAGGAUGAGUGACUCUGAGAGAGAGGAGGCUGCAGGUCCCAGUGAGACACUCAGUCCAGAGUCUGCAGCACACAGCUGUGGGACCAUGAAGAAUGAUGAAGACAUGGAUGAUCCUGUGUCACCAGCACACUCUGAUGGAGGCACUGAUCAGUUGGUAGGUGACCAGGCACUGAGUGACUCCUCUGGACACAGAAUCCACACACAACCAGCAGAUAAUGAGGUUCCUAGGAGCGUUACAGAGAGUCCUAAACCCAGAACUCAACCACGUGUAAUCGACAAACACGUAGAUAUGUGCACACUGGAUGAACACACAGGCUUCAAAAGCAUCAGACACCUGCAGACUGAACAUACGCCAGGCAGAAAGAGGGAACUAGAUGAGGACCUAAUGAGAGUUAUAGAGAAUCACAAAGCCAGUCUGAAGAAGAGGUUUGACAACAUAUCUGAAGGAAUCAUCAAACCAGGAGCUUAUAUCACAGAGGGAGAUGCAGGGGUGAAUAAGGAACAUGAGGUUAGGCAGGUAGAGUCAGCAUCCAGACCUCAAACCACAGAAGACACACCAAUCAAUUGCAAUGAUAUCUUCAAGGCCUUACCUGGACAGGAGUCGCCCAUCAGAACUGUGAUGACCAAAGGUGUUGCUGGCAUUGGAAAAACAGUCUCAGUGCAGAAGUUCAUUCUUGACUGGACAGAUGGAGUAGCCAAUCAGGAUAUAGAUUUUAUUUUCCCCUUUUAUUUCCGUGAGCUGAAUUUGGUCAGGGAUGCUCAGUAUAGUCUUCACAACCUCCUGCUUGACUUCCACCCUGAGCUGAAGGAGCUGAAGGAUGGUGACGGAUACAGCGAUUGCCGGGUUGUGAUCAUCUUUGAUGGUUUGGAUGAGAGUCGGUUACCUCUAAAUUUCCAACAGAACAUGAUAUUGUCUGAUUUAAAGCGAACAUCAUCAGUUGAUACUUUGUUGACAAGCCUCAUUCAAGGAGAUCUGUUUGAAUCGGCACUCAUCUGGAUAACCUCACGACCAGCAGCAGCCAGCCAAAUUCCUGUUGAGUGUAUUGACCAAGUUACAGAAGUACGAGGAUUCAAUGACCCACAGAAGGAAGAGUACUUCAGGAAGAGAAUCAGUGAUGAGAGUCAGGCCAACAGAAUCAUCUCUCACAUUAAGGCAUCCAGGAGUCUCCACAUCAUGUGCCACAUUCCAGUCUUUUCUUGGAUGGCAGCCACCGUACUUAAGCAGAUGCUGGAACAGGACAACACCCAGGAAAUCCCCAAAACUUUGACUGGAAUGCUCAUACGCUUCUUGCUCAUCCAAACCACCUGGAAGGAUGAGACAUGUCAGAGUGGAAUGGAAGUGGAUAAAAAGAAACUUCUAGAAUCCCAGAAAGAAAUGUUACUGAUGUUGGCAGAAUUGGCUUUCAAUAAUCUGGAAAGUGGAAAUCUAAUAUUUUAUGAAGAGGACCUGACAAAGUAUGGUAUUGAUGUCAGUGAAGCUUCAGUGUAUUCUGGCAUGUGCACCGAGAUCUUCAAGGAAGAAACUGUCAUACAUCAGAAGAAGGUCUACUGCUUUGUUCAUCUGUGCAUCCAGGAGUUUCUGGCAGCUCUGUAUGUGUUUCACUCUUAUGUGACUGACAACCUUGAGGCACUGAAAUCCCUCCUCAGUGAAGAACACAAAGAUAAUCCCAACCUCUCAAUUUUAUCAUGUCUUCGCUCAGUGCUGGGCUUUCAAUCUCAAGCUCAUCUACAUUGGUUGCUAAAGAAUGCAUUGGAUGAGGCUUUGAAGAGCAAAAAUGGACACCUGGAUCUUUUUGUUCGCUUCCUUAUGGGCAUCUCUCUGGAGAAAAAUCAGAGGCUUCUGAGAGGUCUCCUGAACCACACGUACAGCAGCUCAGAGAGUGUUAAGAAAACAUGUCAGGACAUAAAGAAGCUCAACAGUGAAGAUCUCUGUCCUGAAAGAUGCAUCAAUCUUUUCCACUGUUUGUUUGAAAUGAAUGAUCAUUCCAUGCACAAAGACAUUCAGAAAUACUUGUUAUCACCAAAGAAUGUCAACCAGAAGUUGUCUCCUGCCCACUGUUCAGCACUGGCUCACAUGCUCCUGAUGUCUGAAAAGGUGCUGGAUGAGUUUGACCUGAAGAAAUACAACACAUCAGAUGAGGGAUGCAGGAGACUGAUCCCAGCAGUGAGGUGCUGCAGAAAGGCACGACUUGCUGACUGCAAACUCACAGACAAGUCCUGUGAGCUUGUGGCCUCAGUUUGGAAGUCACCGAACUCCCUGAUAGAGCUGGACCUAAGUAACAAUGACCUGGGAGAUUCUGGAGUUCAGCUUCUUUCUAAAGGAUUGUCUAGUCCCCAUUGCAAACUGCAGACAUUAAGUCUGUCUGGUUGUCUCAUCUCCAUGAAAGGAUGUGGUUCCCUGGCUUCAGCUCUGAAUCCAAAGUCCUCCCAUAUAAAGGAGCUGGAUUUGAGCUACAAUUAUCCUGGUGAAUCGGGACUGAAGCUGCUAUCUGAUAGACAGGAGGAUCCUCAAAGUCAACUGGAGACACUUACGAUUGACUACUGUGCAGAAAUCAGAUUGAGACCAGGACCACGGAAAUAUGCCUGUGAGCUCACACUGGACCCAAACACAGCACACAAAUAUCUCUCUCUCUCUCAGGGGAACAGAAAGGUGACGCAUGUCAGUAAAGAGCAAUCAUAUCCAUACCAUCCAGAGAGAUUUGACAUGAAGUAUCAGCUGUUGUGUACAGAGGGUCUGUCUGGACGCUGCUACUGGGAGGCUAUGUGGGGAGGGGGUGGAGUCAGUGUAGCUCUGGCUUAUAAAAGCAUCUACAGGAAAGGGAGGGGUGAUGAAUGCUGGCUAGGAUAUAAUGCCAAGUCCUGGAGUCUGAACUGCUCUCCUGGCAGAUAUGUUGUCAGGCACAAUAAGACUGCCACACAUGUCCCCUGCUUCCACUCCAGAAGAGUAGGAGUGUAUCUUGACUGGCCGGCCGGCACUCUGUCCUUCUACAGCGUCUCCUCUGAUGCACUCACCCACCUGCACACGUUCCACUCAACAUUCACUGAGCCCCUCUUUCCUGGGUUUUGGGUUUGGGAUCAUAACUCCUCAGUGUCCCUGUGCCACAUCAAAUGAGCUCCCAGAUCACAUGAGCUCCUCCUUGUGUCACUUGUUCAUUAGAUUAGAUUCAACUUCAUUGCACAUUGUACAAGUACAGAGACAACAAAAUGCAGUUUGUGUCUAACCAGAAGUACAAAAAAGCAGAAAAGUACAAUACACAGUAUAGGCAGGUGAUGCAGUACACUGUAUAAACAGUAUAAGACAUACUGUGCCAUGUAGACAGUAAUAUACAGUUACAGCCACUUUUCUACAGGCCCAUCCUAAACAUUUCUUUAAAACAAAAACUUAAAAACUUGUAAAACAAAAUAAAAAUAAAUAAAUCAUAUAUUUUUAGUUGCUUAUAUCUUGAAUAUAUCCUU